GGAGCUGUCUUCACGAGUCUCUGUCUCCUCUUUUGAGGACACAUCCUCCUAGACCAGGGCUCUGUCCAGAGUGCCUUCAUCUUAAUUGGAUUCCAUGUGCAAAGACCCUCUUUCCAAAUAAGGCCCCAUUCGUGGGCUUUGAGGGUCAGGACUCACUUCAGCAUCUCUUUUCAGGGAACAGAGUUCCACCUGUAACACUUCCCAUUCUUCUUCUCCUGCAGACAACAGUCCUGAGACCCGGGCUAAAGUGAAAUUUGUCCAGGACACUUCCAAGUAUUGGUACAAGCCUGAGAUCUCCAGAGAGCAAGCCAUCGCACUCCUUAAGGAUCAGGAGCCAGGGGCCUUCGUCAUCCAUGAGAGCCACUCCUUCAGGGGGGCCUAUGGGCUGGCCAUGAAGGUGUCUUCGCCUCCUCCGACCAUCAUGCAGCAGAAUAAGAAAGGAGAUCUGGCCCAUGAGUUGGUGAGACAUUUCCUAAUCGAGACUGGCCCCAGAGGAGUCAAGCUCAAGGGCUGCCCCAAUGAGCCGAACUUUGGCUCCCUGUCUGCCCUGGUCUACCAGCACUCCAUCAUCCCUCUGGCUCUGCCCUGCAAGCUCGUCAUUCCAAACCGAGACCCCACAGAUGAAUCCAGAGAUAGCUCGGGCCCUGCCAACUCGACCUCUGACCUGCUGAAGCAAGGAGUGGGUGAGUGGUCCCUGGAGACUGGACCCCUGCCCACGCCCUUCUUUCCACCUUCCUGCCUGGGCCUCCUGCAGGUGCAGGUGGAAGUCUGCCAGGCCCAGAGGUCUCCAGGCAGAUUAUGUUCCUCUGUGUAG